AUGUUGUCCAACACCAUCACCAUCGUUCCCAGCAUCGAGGCCCGGGUCGUCGAGCCCUUGCAGCCAUUUGACACCUCGCGCCGGGUGAGCUUCCCUGCGGCCCUUCCCCUCGACACGCUGGCGUGGGCGAGAAAGAAGGCGGCAAAUGAGGCUCUGGUCGAACGCGUCGCGGAGAUCAUCGCCUCGUACCGCAUCAGCGGGCCCGAGGACCGGUACGAGGACGUAUACAAGCCCAAACUCCUCGAGACGCUGCGGUAUUUUGUCUCCAAGCAGGAACCCAUCAACAUGGUGGUCCCCGCGUACCCGUUCAAGAGCCCCAACCGCGAGGAGAAAGUCCUCGGACCGGACCCAGACGUCGGCGAGCGCAUGUCCCUCGAGCAUUUCAACUCGAUGGGUGCGCGCAUCCAGCAGAUCUACCCGCCCGGUGGACACGUCACCAUCGUCAGUGACGGGUGCUGCUAUAAUGACCUGCUGGGCGUGUCCGACGAGGAGGUCUUCCGAUACGCAGAGGGCCUGCACCGCAUCGUGGACAGGCUGGGGCUGAAGCAUAUCAAAUUCUCAGACCCCUUCGACCUGAUCGAGGGACGACACAACGUCCCCGUCACUGAGGAGGAAUACGCCAGCCGCAUCGGCGAGCUCAAGGACCGGCUGUUUCGCUUGUAUCUCCCCGCCGGCUACGACUUUGACGAGGACCUGAAGAAAGACCCCAACGCGACCCUGACAUAUCGGGGCUACAUCCGGUUCCUCAUGUCCGACCUCGCCCUCUUCUUCAAGGAACAGAAGAUGAGCAAGAGCGCCAUCAAGAAGCACUGCUCCAACGUGGCCCGCGGCAUGAUCGAACGCGGCAAGGCAUUCUCCGCCCUCGUCGCCACGGCCUCCCCCCUGCACGUCCGGCUCUCCAUCCACGCCAGCGACAACACGGGCAAGCUCUCCGUCGCGCUGCUGCCGCACAAACGGUACAGCACCUUCCCCGUCACCCCCUGGCACAACACGCCCUACCUGGACACGGCCAGCGCCUCGCUCAGCCUGAGCCGCAAACCCACCGACGGGGCCAUCCCCUACCGUCUCUGCCAGGACGAGCUGGGCCUGCACUUCCUCUGCGCCGACGUGCCCAUGUACCGCGUCAUCGAGACCCCGGACGUCCCGGCGCUCACCCAACACCUCCAAUUCCAGCCGCUCUACCCCUUCGGCCUCAAAAUCAGGGUUCCCAGGGACACCCCCAUCAGCCAAUUCCGCCUGGCGCACGUCGCGGAACUCGCCAAGGUGCACUCGCCCAUUAUCUUCGAGGGCCUGGAUCCGAUGCAGUAUACCGCUGCGAUUGCGGAUGAUUUCCGCCGCAUCGCAGGGGGCGGGCUGUCGCUGAGCAUCCUGCACGAGGGGGUCGCAACGACCACGCCGACGACCAGGAACCAGCACCCGGGCGAGAGCGCCGCGGCGUCGUAUUUCGUGCAAAUUUCGGCCGCGACGGGCGACGACGCGCAGCCCGCGCUUCUGCCGUUUAUCGAGGCGGCGGCUGCGCUGGACGAUGUGCGGUAUCGGGUGUUGCAUCGGUGGCAGGCGGGCCAUGCGGUUGUCGCGGACCAUCGCGUUGCGCUGCCGGUGCAUCUGAGUCCGUCCAGUUUGAGGGUCCUGCGUGGGGGGGUUUAA